AUGACGGAAUACGACUACUCGCCCGAGGCAUACCGCCGCCAGAUGGAAACCCAAGCCCGCAUCGCAAAAUGGGUCGACUCCACCACCCACUCGCCGCCGCCACAGCAGUCCCCGCGCGACCUCGCCCCGCCCCCGCCAGAGCUCGACGACCUCACCCCGGGCCACUCCAUCUCGCAGUACCACCCCUCCCCUCCGCCCGGCGCACCCUACGCCUUCGGUGGCCCCCCACCUUACGCACAGCAAAACGGCAACGCACGGUACAUGUACGCCCAGCAGGCCGUCCCGCUAGGUCUCCCCGGCCCAACACCGUACGGCGCCGUCUACGCCCCCGCGCCUCCCCAGCAUCACCACCACCACCACCGCGACUCGCGCUCCUCCUCCUCCUCCCACCGCUCGCGCUCCCACUCCCACCCCCGCAGACCCCGCCACCGCUCAAAGUCGCCCUCCACCACCGCCUACAUCAUCGCCCCGCCCCUCCCCGGCCCCACCCCCUACGGCUACCCCGCCAGUCCCCCCAUAACACCGGGCAUACCAGGCGUGCCCCCGCCGUCGUUCGUGGUGCAGGUGCCCCGCGGGAAAAAGGUCCAGCUUGUCUCCUCGCCCCCCAUCUCGCCCCCGCCCUACCAAAACGGCUUCCUCCAGCCCUACCCUCUCCCUCCCCAGCCGUACUCCGCCGGUGUGCCACAGCAGCCCUACUCGGGCACUAUUCCACAGCAGCCCUACUCCGCCGGGAUGCACCCAGGCUAUUUCCCGCCCCAGCCCCCGUUCCAGCAAGGACAGAGGCAGGAGCCCACGUUCCUCCCCAUGAGCGCCGCCCCGCAGUUCAUGCAGCGCGCGGGCGUGGCGGGCUACCCGGCUGAGUGGAGGCGGUCGUUCUGA